GGCGUGGACCGUGAAUUCGCCGCGGACAGUCACGAGACUGAAGUAUCCGUUCGUGACCGCUCGUGGUAGACCUAGUAAUCUGGUUCGACAGCUGGAAUGACAAAGAAGCCAGAGGUUGUGUUUUUUUAUGGUCCUCCCUUUUCGGUGAGGUUUUUAGCUGAUUACAUUUCUAGAAUUUUACCAUGACUCUAACGUGUUAUUUUUUAACAGCCUGUUUAACUUAGUUUAACUUGUGAACCCUGUUUUUUGUUCUCAAUCACCUUGAAAUAAUCAGCCCAUGUAACUUAUGAAGUAAUUUAUCUUGUUCAAGUGGUACCGUGUGUUUUCCAAGAUAUAGAAUUCAGUAGAGUCGGUACACUAGGCCCGCUGACUUGGUGUCGAGUCGUUCCGUCCCAGGCUGAUGAUGAUAUCUCUUGUCUCUGGUGAAAGAUUGAAGGCUGGACGGGCCACCAGCCAGUGUUUGAGUGAGACCUCAUGUAUGCAUGAAAACCUAUCCUAGGUGCGCAAAUUUGUUAGCAGAGAGUGCAGGGGUAGGCAUUCUGGAAAGGAGAUUCUGAUAUUUCUCCCAGGCUGAUAGACAAUACAUAUUAAAUUUGUUUUGAUUUACUUUAAGGGAAAAGCUUUGUUUUUCAAACACCACUUCUCCCAGACUCACAAGAAAAUUAACCCAGCAGAACUGUUUGAAGCUAAUCCCUCUCUGAGCCACAGAGAAGUGAUUCUGAAGGUUGUCAAUACACUCAGUGAGGUUUGUGUUGCAAUACUAAUAAUUAUUGGUGAAACUGUCAAAAUGUGGUAAGAACAAAAAAGUGGCACACAAGGUGCAGCCGAGUGUGUCACUGAUGUUCUUACCACAUUUUGGUGUCAUGUGUGAUCUAUUACUGAACAGAUGCACAGCAACUUGGAAUCUAUUUGUUUUAUAUAAUAAAGAAUUAAAAAGUGUUAAUGAUGAUGUCAUCUAUACGUCUGAGAACCAAUCAGAAUGUGUGCAUAACUGAGCUUAUUAUAUAAUUAUUGAUAGUCCACAUUGCAUACUAGGGUUUUUUUUUAAGCAACAAGUGCAGAGAAUGAAGUUCAUGUUUAAUAGUCAUUAUAUGGCUGUAUAGGUACAAUCCCAUCAUAAACCAUAGUUAAAGCUGACUUGUGUGUAGAACCAAAUGGGUUGAGACAAGCUGGUUCAGAAAAAGCUGUCAUGCCCUGAACUCACAUAGAUUUGUUACAAAAAAUUCAAGGAAAAAUUAAGAAUCUUUAUUGUGGUUGUCUGUGUGUGCUCAUCUAUCACAUGCUAUUUAGGUUGAAUACACUUAGUGGUUAUAUGAUAAAAUGCAUAUUGACUGAGUUAGUCUCAAUCUAAGAUAGUUGUCUGUGUGAAAUUUCUGUUGGUUUCUCUUCUAAAAAAAUUCAGGGCCAAAAUGUAGUUGUGGAUGAUGAAAACAGCAGCAAAACAAAGAGAAAAUCAUACAUGGCCAUUAUUAGGAAAAAGGUACAGCUAUUUGGACUCCUAACUACAAUAAUUAUAGCUAUGUAUCAAUGUGUCUCUCAUUUGGAAAUACCUCUCAGUCCUUGCAGAUCUAUGACAAGCUUUUCUUUGUUCAGUAUUCAAGGUGGCUCAAAAGGGUUUAGUUAUUUUUACAUCCCAAUAAAUAAUUAUGAGGGCCUCAAUAGGACACAUUUUAUAGAUAGAUUUUGGCAUUGUUGACAUUCCAAUAUAAAUUAAGGAGUAUUGUCUUCAUGCACAAGUGUCAUGCAGGGUUAAUUUAAGUAGAAAGAAGAGUUUUUUACUGGAAAUAAACACAGACAAAUUUUUCAGUAAGCAUGAAAGACCUCAAAUUACUUUACACAUGAGACAUACACUCCCCCUACAGUCCACCAUGUCCUGAUCUGUCAAGUGUUUAGUUGUAGGUAAUUUCAUUGGUAUUAUCAAGUGAGUUGAUAACAUUAAUUAGCCUCUGUUAAGAGUUUCAAAGUUGACGUUUUGAGCAUUAGCCCUUCGUCUUUUGCUCUGAUAAACAGCUAAUGCUUGAAAUGUCAGCUUUGCAACUCUUGACAAUGGCUAAUUUACUUUAUCAACUCAGUUGAUAAUACCAGAUUGCCUUGUUAUACUUCUCCCAUUGAUGCAGCCUACACUUUCUUCAGAAACUUACCCCUUUUAUUUGUGUAGCAAUAUGGGAUAUGUUUUAAAGGUGAUCUGCCUUGUGACUUGUUUCCAGUAUACCUUUUUUUUUUUUCACCACCUUUGUGUAAGCAGCCAAUUACCUAUCUUUCCACCUUGGAAAAUACCAAUUGAAAUUAAGUAAUUACCCACUGUGUAACUACUCACUUAACAAGCUAAUUACCUAUCUAGUUACUGACCUACCCACCUAUCUGCCUACUUUAUUCAUGACUUUUAUUUUAAUUCUCAGAAUCCCUCUGGGUUUCUCUUAGGAUAACUAUGUUUUUAAUUUUCAGGUUGGGCUGUGUAACUUCAGAGUGAUUUAUUUCCAUAUUGCACCUUCUUCUGGCCUUUUUAUCUGUUAUUGGGGCAGAGAGUGGGAACUGGCUUGUCAGUUUGAGCUUUCAUUAAUUAAACUCUCUGAUAUGGAAGUUGAACAAUGGUUUCAGAACAAUACUGGUAAGAACAAGAUUUACAUUUAUGGUAGUAUUUAAGUCUACUUCCCUUCAGUUAAUUAAUGGUGCAAACUACCUAUUAUUCAACUGCUAGAAAAACCUUUUUUUGUUGUCUGGAACUCUGCAUGAACAACCAACAAUUUCUUAACCUUAGAAAAAAAAAAUUACGAAAUGAAUAUAAUCCAUCAAGAAACACACUGUCUUGUUCUAAUUCAGAACCACCAAGUGAAGAAGAAGGGUUCAACAAAAUAGACAAGGUUGAUGUUCAGUUGGUGUGUGACACACCCUAUAAAGUAUGUCUGACUGUGUAGAUAAAUAUUAGUACUGUUCAUUUGUGCAUUUUUUUGGAAGACUUUAAACCUAUGUUGGCAUACAAGCACAUUUGCCACAAUAACUUCUUGACAGUGACCAGCUAAUUAACCAAAGUUUGACAAAAUGGUGAUAACUCACUCAGGUGGACACCCCUCUACAGCUAAUUUACUUAUGGGGAUACAAUACAAAAAAGGGAAUUUUCCAACUAGAUACACUCACUUUUCAUUACACAUGCACUUACUUAACAUUACAUGUGUAAUUUUGUUCACAUUUGAUGUUGGUACAUUUUCACAAUUAUUGCUUCACAAGUGGAAAAAAAUAACACCUCUGUCUCAUUUUUCAAACCUUGCUAUAAUGUGCAGCCACUUAUCUUUUACCCUGGAUGGUGUUUGUGGAGAGGUUUACCUGUAAUUUACCUUUAUUUUGCCUACUGUGAAAUGAAUUAGUUAAUGGUCAUGGACUGCUCUUUCCUGUUCUGUCUCUAAAUUGACUUGGUAAAACAUCUCCCUUAUCUUUGUGCUUUCUACAGUUUGUGGUUCCAGCUCUAUUUUUCCAAUGGGAGGGAUUGUUUCAGUGUCAAGAAGAGCAAACAAACAUUCACAAAGCAGUAAUUAAUGUUGUGAAAAAGUGGAGCCAUAACAACCUGUGGGGAAGAGUUGUUUUACUCAAACUUAGUGAAAAGCAAAGUUGUGAAGGUGACAAUAUGUCCUAGAUUUUUGACUGUUUGAUAAAGCUCAAUUUAGGCAACUAGUUGUUGACUUAACUUUUUCUUCUUUUAAAAGGCACUUUAAUUGAUUAACUUUACUGCAUACAUGUACUAUUAAAAUACGUUAAGAAUUUAGCUGUGUAUAAUGGUAUAAAUUUAUUUUGCUAAAGUGCACAAUGAUGAAAGUACCUCUAACUUUAUAUGAAAAACAUACCUUCCUGCUAUGAGUUUUAAAUCAUGCUAAUUGUUCUUGUCCUUUUAGAAAGCCAUCAACUUCUUUUUACAAGUGUAUAAAUUAUAGCUAACUAGAGUUUCAUUACUUGGUAAAUCAAACUCUAUGAAAAAUAUCUGCUAUUGAAUUCCUGUGGGAACUUUUGGUAUGAAUAAGUCAGAUUCACUUUGUAACAACAUUUAACUUGAAUCUCAAAAAGUGUCUGCUGAAGAGUUUUGUCCUUUUGUGAAAUCAACAGGAGGGAAAACCUGUGAAUGGCUGAAGAAAAUGAAGCAAUUAACUUGUGAAUUAGUGACUCAGGUAUGUCUGACAAAAUUUUGAAGUGGCAGAAAAUUCUGGAUUCUAAAACAUUUAAAUAAUAUUAUAAUGCAUGGUGUGGUAUAUUAAGAUGAUUAUUAACAAUUACAAAGAUUGAAGUAUUUUAUAAAUAUGUAUUUCCUGGCAUAUUUUAGUCACUGCUAACCUAAUUUGUGGUUAUGUAGCAGCAUGCCUCUAUGUUUCUUUUACAUUGUUUUCUGUUGAAGUUGUCACCUGAAAGGUUUUGAGUAGGUACUUGCAUAUUUGAAUUGACACUUUCCUCAUGGAAAAAUUUCCUCAAAUAAUUGAAGAUUAGAUUUAACUGAACAACACAAUUGAGGAAGCCUCUCAGAGUAUCAGCAAUGCACUGAUAACAUCCUUCCUCUGUGUUGCAGGUCAAUAUGCCAAUCUUCUUGGUGCAUUUGUGUUCAUAUUUGUGGGAGUUCAGCAGACCUCCCAACCCAGGUCUGUUUGCUUGGCUUCAGAGACUUCACAACAUCGAUUUGUCAAACAAGGUUCAGUUAUCUUGAUCUGUUUUGUGUGAUUCCAGAUUUCAGUAAAGCUGCUAAUUCUCAUUAUAAUGGUGGGGGGUUGUGAUAUAAACAGUUUGAAAAGAAAAAAAAUCUAGAGGCAGCAGUUAUUACAGUGUAGAAGCCUUGUGUUUGUUAUCUCUUAUUCCAAUUUUAAUUUCUUUGUCAUUGUAAGGGUUGAAAUAUACAUGCAAGAUGUAAGGUAACUUCUUCAGAGGACAGAUGACUAGGAUUGCGUGAUUCUUGAGAUAUCAACGGUAUCACUACUAUUAUAUAAUGAUGCACGUUAAUGGGGUGUGAUUUUUUUGUUUUUCUGUCAUUCAUGUAGGCAACAUUCUUUAUUCAUUCAAGUGAUGAUCAUUCACAGGCUGCCACUGCAGCAGGAGUGAAGUGUAUCAAGGUGAAAUACACACGAGUAGUAAUAACUAUUAUUCGCUUUUUUUUCCUCUUAUAGCUGCACUCUAUGUUUCUCAAGACUAAAAUUGCCGAUUUUGUUCUGGGUUCACAGGCAAAUAAACUUCUCCAAAAUCCAUCGAUGGUAAGCCUAAAAACUGAUCUGCAAUUUACUCGCAAAUUACAGAUUUGGCCAGUACAGUACCAGCGGGAAGAAAGAUGCGACAAGAAAACUCAAACGCGUACUUAUAGCAUCGUAGUUUGUUUGUGACUCACCUCAGACGCCAGGCCAUUCUGUGCAAGCAGUAGUUUCACUUUGCGCUGCAUUGCCAGAAAAACAGGGAGCUACGCUCAAUCUUUAAGCUUUGAGGAAAGUAAAAUUUCAUUAACGAAAUCGCAAGAGAGGCGUCGAAAUAAAAAGAAGGCUUUAUGUAGCAGUUUUCUUAGCAUUUAGAGAGAAGAAAAAGUAGCCUCAAUUCAUAGAACACGAAUAUCGGAAAAAAAAUAAGCCGUUCUCGUAAUAAUGGUCCAGUUCACGCCUUUGUACAGACAUGUUCAGGACUGAACCCACAACAUACGUGAGAUGUUAAAAUUACUGAAACCCUUAAAUUUCGUUCUCUCCUAGUCAUAACUUCUUAUUUUAUACAACUUCUUAUUAAUAUAACUAACGACUCGCUGAGUAAAAAUAAAAAUAAACUCCAACUUAAAUACACAUGAACACUUAUCAUCAGUCCAUGUUUGAUUUAUUCGGUAGAUAGAUACAGUGCAUUGUGGGGUAGCUGCACGGGUUCCUGAGUGCGUUAGUAAGGCGAAGCUGACAUGGCUUGACUCCCAGGGUAGACCUGAAGCUCGUAUUCCUCUUUUUCAUGAGGCUGUCUCCUCCCAUGACCGUACCGGUGAAAACAAAGUGUCUUCAAAUUGUGUUACAGUUACAAAUAAAUCCUAUACUCAUGGUAUAUGCUUUGAAGAUUUUGCUUCUCUAGAAAGGUUUGUAUGGUCACACCUGUUUGUGUUAAAUUUAUGGCCCUUAUGUCUAGCCGUUCAUAACUUAAAUGUGUGUCAGUUGUGUUUUUCAGUAGCGCGUAAUGAGAGAUAGUGUCUUAAUGCACCAAUACCAUUUACUUCACCCACGAAAAAAGAAAAAGGACAAUCAAAUGUUGGGAUGAAAUAACAGAGCAUGUCACUCAUUCUGUAACAAUAUUUCUUCCUUAACAGAUUCAACUUGCAGUACAAACAAGCUGCAAUACCGACAGAGUCUGUGUCUGGUGAUUUAUUUAACUAUGAAGGGUGUCCUGUUGAACUGAGUGCACGUAGGACAGAAAAACAAUCAAGUGAGGACAAUACUAUGUGUUUCUCUGGUACACCUGGAACACCUGUUGUUCCGCUCCAUAAAUCUCCAGUGCGCAGUAAAAUCGAUGAAAGGAAACGUAAGUUGAGACAGUUGUAUGAAUUAUUCUCACAAACUUCCGCCAACUAUUUCCAGUCGGACAGUCUUUUUCUUCUCCAUUGUUUUUAGACCCGCGGGAGGUAACUUCUUUCUUUUACUCUUUUGAAUACCUGCACAGGUGAUAGGAGAAAUAUGAUAUGUAGAAAUAUGGCCUUUGUCUACUCAUUUUACUAGAAAAGUCACACUGCUAUAACACAAAAGAAGAUAGUUGUGUUUUCAGCAUGUUAUUUACACUGGUAUACUUUGUCUUAGCUCCUGACACCAUAUGCCCGACUUUUGUGGUCAAAAGCUUAACUAAUGAGAAGAUUGAGAGUCAUGCCUUCAGUCUGGGCCAUUUCAGACGAGGCGAAGGUUGCACAAGACUAAUCCGAAAUGUUAGGAGUAAAACAGUUGAAGAUGGUGUGCUUUUUAGUGCGAAGUGUAAGUACAUGUAAUGUGCCCUUCGGUUUCAUAGCUUUCUAAAAUUGACGUCUCUUAGAAAGAAGUAAUCAAAUUUUGGCUGAUAACAGACCCCACACAUAGCGGCCCGCCGAAAGUCCUAAGCUCAAGUCGUGAUACCUCUCUAAUCGAAAAACCAUACGACAAGUAGAGAAAGAACUUGCGGCUUGUUUUUUCGGAGAACGUGAGACAAAGGAAGAGCUUGAGUCUCCACACAGAGAUCUCGACGAUGAGGCAGGUUUAUGUUGAGUUCACAUGUGACAAUUUUUCCACAUGCAGCUAGAAUCAGCGAUGUCCAAAGCUUUAUGAGCUUCAAAGGUCAAUGACGAGCAUCGGAGCGCGAAAUAUGCGGGUCUGCAACUCGAUUCCUCGUGAGGAAUCUCUAUUUUGACGUUAGUUCCUCGCUCUUCACCAAACGAAUUACACUUUUCCGUAACCAACCACCGCUCUUUUAAUCCCGGCUUUUUAUUCAAUUUCCGUACAUGUCACUUCACAGUAAUAUAUUUGCAUAUUUAUACCGGACAUUUAUCGCCGAUAAAUGAGUGAGAAAUGUCACCGAGUUAGUGAGAACGUUUUUGUUUUAAAAAAAUUAACCUCGACGGAACCAGCUGUGCCGCAUAUGUAUCUUUGUGCCUAUUGUCGCUAAUAUCUCAAAACAUCACCAAACUAGGUAUUUUCUCGGUAAAAAUGAAUUAUCACUUUGCAGUGUAUCGUUCAAGUAUCGAUCGAGCGUGUCAAUGUCGAUUUCCGGUCGAAAGCUUAGCCUUCCCGGAAAAACUUUUUAGUCCGUGGUGGUCAUACCGUAUUCAGUGGUUUAAUUCCACUACGCUUAAAAAAGCCCGGAUGUUUACAGGAACCGACCGACCGAUUGACUGAAAGUGCUCCUCACCCAACUGCUUAAAUUCGUUUGAAUUUCUUGAAAAUGGAACGAACCAGCGCCGGAGGUGCUAAAUAAAGGAUACAGGGUAUACGUUUUCAGAGAGUAAAGUCUGUGUUAUGAUUGUUUUUUUCUGUAUUUCAGGUAUUGGGUCACAGGACCAGCUUUAUGAUGUGUCUGUCGUUCUUAAUGAGAAAGGUAGACAAAUAGAGCUGAACUGCAUGGUACUUGAUAUCUCUGUUUGUCCAAAAGCAAUGUAACAAUUCGAACGAUGUGCUUAAAACUGGGCUAUACGGUAACCUACCAGAGAAUAGUAUAUUUUGAAUGGACCUCAUUUUUUCAUGAGCGUCUGAAAACCUUGGGUCAAAGAAAGGCCAAUAGUGUCGCGCAAGUCGAAUAAUUUACAUCUUUGCUCAAAGGAUUUUCCUAUUUAAUAAAUAAAGAAGGUUUGACUUUACUGUGCUUUUUUUGUAUAGCAUGUCGAAGCAUGUAGUAAGUUGCAGAGGACGAAAAAGUGUAAAAGCAGUCGAGUGCUUAUCCCUUCUGAUCACAUGUAGGGAGGGUUCACCUUUCGUCCUAUCUUUUGUCUGACAGGUGUUGUGCGAGCUAGUUGUACUUGUGCUGAUCCGGCCAGUAAGCAAGGGAGAUGUAAACAUGGAGUCGCUUUAUUACUUCGGUGCAAGAAAGAGAAAAACGUAAGUAAUUGUUAAACUUUGUGGACUUUAAUGGUCCCUGUCUUUUUGACAUCUGAAAUUUUCCAAAUAGUUUCUGUGAACGACAACUCCUAAGAACUGAAGGCGAAAAAAAAUAGUAAGUAAAUGAAAAUUUACAAUGCAGAUUAAUGCCAUACCACCAAACAAUGUAGAAAACGUGACGAUGAGAUCGGCCAAAGUAAUUACUUUUCAAUAUUUGGACGCCACUUUAAAGUAAAACGACUCGAAAAGAAAAAAUCACUGCCUGUCCCUCUCAGAUGGGACAUGUUUCCUAUGGCUACCUUAUUUCACAUACAGCCUUCAUGAAAGUACAGGUAAAUGCUUUCAGCCCUUAUCUAUCUCCAAUAUCUAUUUUUAAUACAGUCCGCGUCAAGUGGUGAAGAUCGAGUAAAGAAGACUAAACCUGAAGAUUCAUCCUCAACUAAACACUGCAAAAGGUACCGAGAAAAUCCAUCAUACUUGUUUUGUUUUUGUUUUUGUUUUUACUUGCCAGUGUGUUUAUAAGUUUUAUGUAUUUUAGACUUAAGGCGAAAAAGAAAUUGGAAACCACGAUGUACUUUUUAAGCCCAGAAGAGCUGCUUCAAACAGCACAGGAAAUUUUGCAUAAGGUACAAAGCUACUUAAAGUUUAGCGCACUCAGUGAUUGAAUUAUGGAGAUUUACCUGUACGAGUUCACUAACAAUAAACAAGAAAUUUCAAUACCGCACUCGGCAAAGCCUCCUGCGGUAUUGAAAAUUUCGAGUACAGGUAAAUCCCGAUAAAUCACGAGCAAUGAGUGCGUUAACAUUUUUAUUAUUCAAAUUGAAUACACUGGACAAAGAAACACGGCGUUGAAACCUGUUGACAACACGCAAAAACACCUCUACUAGCUUGAAUGAAAAAUUUGAAAUUCGCAACCUUACCUUUCGAGACAGAUAUUCCCCAAGUAGUUGCUUUCUUGGUGUUUUUAGGAAUUGCAUCAUCAUUAAGAGAAUCAAUGUCUGCAUCUGGCAAUUCGUCAAACUUAGAGUCAGCUGAAGCCAUGAUGUAAUGACAGUGGUGUGUUAACUUUAUACCACGGCUAGUUCACCACGAUAAUGACGUCAAAGAAGUUGUUUCGUCACAACCCAGUAUCACGUGAUGCAAAUCAGCCAAUCAGGAAAUCGGAAUUCAUAAGUGUAUGAAAGCUGAAUAAUAAUAAUUGAUAUUUACAGGAAGAAUAAAUUAUACGCUUCUGUCUUUAAUAGAAGGUUUUUGUCAUCAGCUGGUGUCAUAUCGUUAUACUUUAGAACAGUAACCUCAGCAAACCGGAGGAAACUGAUCGCAGCAGACGACAGUCAAGAGAAUUCACGCGUGAGCAGCGCAAAUCUAAAUUGAGUUUACAUGUAGAGGACGAACCUUAUAAAGGGAUCUCUCGCAGGUGCGUUUAUGAUUUACAAUCAAGCAUAAAAUGAAGACCUCUAUUCUAGCUAAAAAUUUACCAUUUAUAUUUUCAAUACCUUUUUUAUAGUUUUGGGGCGAGACUCGCUUACUUUAGUGGGUCGUUGUUGUUUAUGUUAAGCAUUAAUUUGAAAACAAUAGUAUGAUUUGUAGCCGGCGGUUGAAACAGUCAAAAUAUUUUUCGGCUACGCACUAGCUAGGCAAAGAGUCGUGGAUGGGUGGAUCAUUCAUCUGAUUCGUUCAUGGUGAUGACAACUAGCAGCCAAUGAUACAACUCCGAACCAUUUAGUUCAAAACAACUCAAGUUUUCAUCGAUUUGUAAAAACGUUUGUCGUCUUGCAAAGAUAACACGAUCGUAUCCCCAGUAAAGGCUGAAUUCGUCAUUUUUUUUUACUCGCGCACCAUUGAUGUAAACGCAUCAGGUGACCGUAUAUGCCCCAGCUAAAAGUGGGGAAUAUCCGUUGUUAUUAAAAACUGGAUCAUUGGAUAAUGCAGUUUAAGAGUUUUCAUUGGCUUAGCCAUCAUGGCCUAUGAGCCAUUUUACCUUGCUCGUGUAUGAUGACGAGUUAAACUGGAAAUGGUUUUGUACAUUGUAACAUUCUGUUUGUUCUUAUAAAAUAAAGUUGGGCAGAUUAAUCUAUGUUUUGGGGCGCCUUUGAAUCAUCUCCGCGCUCGUGGAAUAAUCGUUCAAUAUACCCCAAAAGAUAUUCCACCAACUUCUAAACUUCUGUCCACCACGAUAAAGGACUUCGUUUAAGAUUUAUUUUAAGAUGAGAGAGUAUUUAGUUAUUUUUAUUACAGAAGAAGGGACAUGUUUGUUUGUUCAUAAAGUCACGGUCGUAUCAGAGAAAACUGAAAAGUAAAUAUUCCAUGCAGCAGAGCUUUUCGUAGACAUUUUUUACUGUGCGUCACAAAAAUAUCUGAUUGGAUUAUAAACUCAAUAGCCUCCAUUUUGUGCUAAAACAUGCUCGUAUAUUUCUGUUCAUCGUAGCUCAAAGUUUUUUGUGAGCUUCGCUCUUGUAAAAAUUUUCGCAUCUCCGAACAGACUAUGUUUGCAGACAAAUAUCCAUGCAAAUUUUUGCCCUAAAUGGAAGGUAUAUGUAAUUGAAGAUAUUCCUUUUGCGAUGUCGUUAUUUGGAAGGUUUACAGCGUCUUGAUGUUCUUGAUAUUUUGUAUCCCUUUUUCUUCACAGAGAAAGCCUUAAUUCUUCCGUAAGCAGGGAUAGUUUCAUAAAUGAAACAAUUGUGAAGGAAACAUGUGAGGACGUUCAGUGUGGCUGUACAGAUAACGGGCUUAUAAAUAAGAUAAUCCCAGAAUCAGUUACUGUUGGCACAUUGGAAUUUCGGUCUACGGAAACUAGUUCAAGUGUUCCUGAACCACAGAUACGAACCAAAGCCGGUGUUCUUGAAAAGGAUAAAUCCCAUAACGGCAUCAUCAUCCACGGGAAGGACGAAACACAAACGAGAACGUCAAUAUUGGAUGAAUUUAUUUGA